AUGCCAAAAUGUCACCUGGCGGGUACAACUAAUCUCGGUUCCAGCAUAGCAUUAAGUAGCGUUAAAUUUCGACUUGGGAAGAAAGAGUUGCGUAGCGUCAUAUACUUAGUGACUGGAGAGAAGACUUGGGGUAUUGAUGCUGGGAGUCCAACGGAUGAUAACAGAAACGUUGAUAAUAGUAGUGACAAGGAUUAUGGUAGUGGCAACAAUAUUGAUAAUAGUAGUUAUAGCAGUUAUGAUAAUGAUCCUAAUGAUAAUGACAACGAUAGUAGCAGUGGUAAUAAUGAUAUGACAAUACUGAUAAGGAUGGCAGUCGUAAUAACAGUAAUGGUGAUAGCAGACAACAGAAGCAGUAGUGGCGACGAUGAUAACAGUAGUUGUAGUGAUGAUGAGGAUGAUAACAAUAAUAAAGAUGAUGACAAGUUACGGUGGAAAAAUAGAAUGACUGGAAAGAAAAGAAAAACCAAUCGGUCUUCCACUGUUUGA